GACUGCAGACAGUACAGGAGAUGACCAGAGACUGUAGACAGUACAGGGGAUGACCAGAGACUACGGACACAGUACAGGAGAUGACUAGAGACUGCGGACAUAGUACAGGAGAUGACCAGAGACUGCGGACACAGUACAGAGAUGACCAGAGACUGCAGACACAGUACAGGAGAUGACCAGAGACUGCGGACACAGUACAGGAGAUGACUAGAGACUGCGGACAUAGUACAGGAGAUGACCAGAGACUGCAGACACAGUACAGGAGAUGACCAGAGACUGCAGACACAGUACAGGAGAUGACCAGAGACUGCGGACACAGUACAGGAGGAUGACCAGAGACUGCGGACAUAGUACAGGAGAUGACCAGAGACUGCAGACAGUACAGGAGAUGACCAGAGACUGCGGACACAGUACAGGGGAUGACCAGAGACUCCUGACAACAGCACAGGGGAUGUCCAGAGACUGCAGACAGUACAGGAGAUGAUCA